AUGGCUGAUGAAUCUUCCGCAACUACCAGUGAACUAGAAGAAACUUUUGCUCGUGCUGCUAAUCAUCUUCAGACAAUGGUCAGCAGUUUAGACUCAGGACAACUUUUAGCAUUUUACGGUCUGUAUAAACAGGCGACGAUUGGAGUUUGCGAUACCGCAAGACCCAGUUGGUAUCAGACACAAGCCAAAUACAAAUGGGAGGCGUGGAAAGCACUUGGAGACAUGAGCAAAGAAGUCGCGAUGAACAAUUACAUCAGCGCUAUAACCAAACUGGAUCCUGACUGGGAACAAGAGGCUAAAAUAGGCUCGAAAUCUUGGAACGCUGUUAGUAGUUUACUUAAAACGGACAUUGAGCUUUCAGAUGCUGAAAAAACUCUCCUGGACUGGGUCAAGGACGGCAAUGACAAAAAAGUUUGGGAAAUACUGUCCACGUAUUCCACGAGCUUAAAUGUUCCGGGUGAGGAUGGAAUGAUGCCGAUACACUGGGCCGCGGAUCGCGGUCAUCUGCCUACAAUUAAAUGUCUUAUUGAAAACGGAGCUAAUGUCGACGCUCAGGACGAGAGCGGGCAAACUGCUCUCCAUUACGCGGCUUCCUGCGGACACGCAGACGUUGUUAAGUAUUUGCUGUCCAUUGGAGCCAAGUUACUGCAAGACAACGACGGGUUCACACCAAAAGAUAUCGCUGACAAAGAUUUGAUAGCCAUGUUUUGAUCUUAGUAUUUAUAUAUAUAUAUAAACAUAUAUAAUUAAACAAAAAUAUACAACAUUUAUUACCAUGUACACGAAAUAAUUAAUAAAAAACAUAAUUGA